AUGAUCCUCUCCAUCAACAUAACACUCAUCCCUCUGUGUGUUGACUUUGACAGUCAAGGAGACUACUUUCUUUUUAUUUUUCACAUCUUGGCCGGGGCGAGCACCAUCCUCGUGGCCGGUUCCGUGGCAUGUGGUAUUAUUAAUACUAGAUCGCUGUUAGGCCAAAAUCGGUUUAUAUUUAUGCUGAACACGAGCAUCUGUGAUACAAUGACCGGUUGUGGUAUUUUCUAUCAGUUUCUCUUCGAUGUGCGGGUGGAAUUCCCUUCGAAAAAUGGGACUUAUUACAUUUUACCUUCACUGCUUGGAGUUAAUAUCAUGACGUUUCUAUUCGCCCAGUUCGACCGAUACUUUGCUGUUUGUCAUCCAUUCUUUUAUGGUCGUUUCAUCACCACGAGAGUGAUUAUAUGUGUCAACGUGUACAGCUGGGUGCAUGUUUAUAGUCUCCUGGCCAUACAACACAUGGUGCCACUCUCCAAAGCCAUAGAGAUCGGAAUAUACAGCAGAAUCAGUUUAAUGGUGAUAAUUAUCACAAAAAUAAUCAUGACAAUUAAACUGCUCGUCGUGGCCAGGUACCAGCUGCUGCGAGAGCCUCCGGGCCCGGAGAGAGACAGUAAGAAAGAGUCCUUGUUGAUCAUAGUGCUGGUGGUGGUGUUUUUUCUGCUGCUGUGGGGCCCAUCCAUGCUCUAUACGGUUCUGUCUUCGCUGACGGGGCAGUAUCUUUACAUUGAAAAUGAUGCAGUAAACCCGAUGAAAAUUUUAUCCAGGAGCAACGCUCUGUGCACUCCGUCCCUCUACCUGUGUGCGAGUCCUUCACUGAAGAAGGCCGUGUGGGAAACUGUGUGGAGUAAAAUCUGCUGCUGCAAACGACUCGUAAGGUUGGUUGCAGUAAUGAACGGAAACUAG